AUGCCAAUGUGGAGCCCCUCAUAUAAAUUCUCAGCGUGGUGCAGUGCGAACGUUCGUGUAGUGUGGUGUAACCAAGUUCUUCAUUUAAACCAUUGGGCGUUGAGCCUAAUCGGAUACAGUCCCAUUGCGUUUCGCGUGGGCCUGCAUCCGACGGCCGCCAUCUUGGUUGCCGCGGGGGCGCGCUCGGAGAUAGCUACGAUGUGGACGAGAUGGCGUGCGUCACUACCUACACUGCUGCCUAACGGCUGCCUCGCACUGUCCUGCUUCACGACAGCUAAUCUUAUGGGUCCGGUACACAGCCCACAUAGGCACUCUGCAUCAAACUAUCAAGCUACUCCGGAAGCUUCUUUCGAUUCAAGACCACAUUCACGACUUCUGGCACCAAAUAAUAAACAGUACAAUAUAUCUCAAACUGAAAACUAG